AUGGAAACGAAUUAUGAUGAAGCAACACUUCACAGACUCGAGCAAGAGCUCGACACUCAGAUAUAUCCCGGAACAGAGAUUAUGAAGGAUGUCGGCUCGCAUCAUUUCGUCAAGUCGUCGCUCAGAUCAGACAAAGUCCUCGUCCCACAGCCAUCCGAUGAUCCUCACGAUCCCCUUAAUCAGAACUGGAACCGAUGGUGGAAGCUUAGUACCAUGUCCUUGGUAACUUUCAUGAGCUUUAUACAGGGGAUGGGGCCGCUGUCUCUUGCCCCGAUGUUUGAUCAACUUAUGGAAGCUUUUGAUAGCAGCUUGGCACCAGUGGUGCAAUUUACUGGUGUUUGUAUCCUUGUUCUUGGAUUUAGUAAUUUUCUCUGGGUUCCGAUGGCUCAAACAUUUGGUAGACGCCCGGUGGCUAUAUUCUCAUCUGUUAUUUGUUUGGCCUCUAUGAUUUGGAGAGCAAAGGCCACUUCAUACGGUAGUUUUAUGGGGGCUUGCGUUCUGAAUGGAAUUGGGGCUGGUCCCGCUGAGACUCUUCAGCCUCAGAUUAUAGCUGAUACGCAGUUUCUCCACGACCGGGGAGCGUACAAUACCCUUUUCUUCGCCUUUUACUUUGGAUCACUAAUGGUUGGUCCCAUUAUAUCUGGCUCCAUGGCUCUUCACGUUGGGUGGGAAAAUUUCUGGUGGCUCAAUGUUGGCCUUUUUGCCUUGUUGGUUAUCCUUUUGGUUUUCUUCUUCCCUGAAACAAAGUGGCACAGAGUGCCUCCCAGCGAAGUGAAUGUUCAACCUGAACCACCUACCAUUUCGACCGGUGCCAAAGACGAAAUGGAACUUAAAUCUGCAAAUAUAGACAGCACUGCCGUCACAACUGAAACCGUCGAUGAAAAUUUGCACCGUGGCUAUCCUUCCAAAUCCCAAUUCCGACUAUGGGCCAUCCCUGACAAUCCCUUCAAAACUUUAGCUUACACCUUCUGGAUCCCUUGGAAAAUGCACCUGUACCCAAUUGUCGAGUUUGCAUCUUUUGUAGUCUCGUGGUCCGCUUCUGGGUUUUUGACCAUAAACUUGACUCAGAGUCAAGCUUUUGCUGCGCCUCCCUACAACUGGUCCAGUCAGUCAAUUGGUUUUACAAAUUUCGCGCUUUUCAUAGGCGCAAUUGUUGGUCUUUUUACAAACAGUGCGCUCUCGGAUUGGAUUUCGAUGCGUGCAACACGCAAAAAUAAGGGGGUACGAGAACCGGAAAUGCGUCUUCCGGCUAUGAUACCCUACGUGCUCAUUGCGAUAUUGGGCAACUUCGUUGUGGGUUUUGGGUAUGAGUAUCACUGGGACUGGAGAGCCAUUGUCAUUAUUGGAUAUACCUGCGCAGGCAUACAAGUUGCCGCCCUCCCAGCAAUCGCAAGCACGUAUGCGGUUGAUAGCUAUAAGCCAGCUGCUGGCUCGAUCUUUGUCACUGUCACGGUCAAUAAGAAUCUAUGGGGAUACGGCUUUAGCAAGUUCAUCACCGAGUGGACCAUGAGGGACGGCUAUGUGUCGCCAAUAAUGAUGAACAUGUGUUUGAUAGUGCUGUGGUGCUCCUUUGGAAUCGCCUUUUAUGUCUGGGGAAAGCAGUGCAGAAAGUGGACUGCGCAUUCGAGUGUGCAUCAGAUGGGCGAUAUCUAA